AAGAAAAUUUUGUCAUUCGUAAAUCAUUAUCACAUAUGUUGUUGAAAAAACGUAUUCAUAAGAAAAAAACAAUCACAUCGAUCAUGAUGGAUGAUCCACGUUCGCCUACCAAUAAUUUUGUUCGUACACCAAUUUUGGUCGAACAAAUGGAAUAUAAUGAUGUAUUAUCACCGUUCAAUGUUACCGAUAUGCUCGAUGCAGUUGAAUCGGCAAUCGAAUGUAAUGAAAAUACAUUGAUUGAAAAUGUUUGUCCAAUGGAUAUGAAUAAAUCGGAUGGUCCAAAAACUCCCAUAGCUAAUAAUUAUGAUGAUGAUGAUGAUGAUGGCGGUAAUAUCGUCGAAAAGAAAUCAAUCGAAAAAUAUGAAACAAUUAUUCAGGCUGAAAAUGAUGAUAAAAUUUUGAAAAUUGAUCAAAUAUAUGAUUGGAACAAGAUUGAAUUCAAAGAAAAACCAUUGACUGAUUCAAUGAUUGUUGAAACAUCAGUCAUGUCCGAUAUGACUAGAAAUUCAAUGUUGAAUCAAUCAGAAACUCAAUCAUUGAUUGAUAACGCUGAUGAUGAUGAUGAUAAUGACGAUGACAAUGACAAUGUUGAGAAUAACAAUUGUAAAAUCAUCGGAUACACUGUCAAAAUAAUCGAUAAUCAUCAAUCAAUUUUAAAUAAUGAAAAUAUCGAAACAGUUGUGUCAUCGACACCGAAAAAACAAAACCAAUCAUUGAAACAACAGCGAACACCAUUGAUUUCGAUUGGCAAUAGUCCAGUGGUCAAAUCGAAUAUGAAAAAAUUUCAAAAAAACCAUUCAAUUGUAAACAAAAAACGAAUUACGAAUGGGCAACGUAAAUUGCCAAAACAACCAUCAACACCAAUGACACCAUUGAAUAGAAAUCAUAUGCAAAAUCUAAUUUCAUUUGACAAGGAAAACUUUUGAAUUGAUGACAAAUUUUGAAAAAAUAUUUUGAUUUGAAACUUUUUUUUUU